UUCAUAACGUUAGUUACAUUUCGGACUUUCAUUCAUUAACAACUUAAUUCUAAAUAAAUAUGUCUAUUGAAUAUUAUUCGUCUCGAGAAUAAUUUGCCAAAUUUUUGUGUUCUUAUAAAAGAAAAAAAAAAUUUUUUCACUAAAAAAAAUAAAAAAAAAACUGUAAACAUCAUCUAUUUUUAUAAAGUUCAGGAAAAUUAACAGAAAAUAAAAAAAAGGAAAAUUAAAGAAAACAACAUGAAAUUUGGAAAUUUGUUUUGUUUGAAUUCGUCUUCAAGGACUGUGAAUAUUCAAGAAAAACCAAUUAAUGACAAUGAAUCUAGAAAAAGAAAUGCCUUUCUUCGACAAUUUAUAUCAAUCCUUUGUGGCUAUAUUCUGAUGAUUGAUGUAGGAGUACAAGUUUCAUGGUCGUCACCAGCAUUAGACUACUUGACAAAUAAUCAAACCAAUAAUUACUUAUCCGAAAAAGAAGGUGGAUUACUAGCAUCAAUUGAUUCAAUAGCGUCAAUUAUUGGAUUUUUAACAUAUCCAUUAAUAAUGAAUCGAAUAGGUCGACGUUAUACAAUAUUUGUCUUUGGAUUAGUACAAUUAUCAGCAUGGAUUGUAUUAAUAUUUGCAAAUUCAUUUCUACAACUUUGCAUUGGACGUGUUAUCGUUGGUAUUGGUUAUGGUGGAAGUUUUGGUUUUCUCACAAUCUACAUUGGUGAAAUGACGGAAAAAAAUGUUCGCGGAAUGUUCCUUUCUCUUGAUAAAAUUUGCGUUAACUUGGGUGGUUUUAUUGUUAAUGCAGCGGGUGUUUAUUUAUCAUAUAAAAAUAUGAAUAUUUGCAUGGGUGUAAUACCAAUAAUUGCCCUAAUGGCAUUUCCAUUAAUGUUAGAGACACCAUAUUUUUAUUUAUUAAAAGGCAAAGAAAAAUUGGCAAUAAAAACACAAAUGAAAUUAUCAGAUGAAAAAUAUUCGGAAUUUGUUACUGAUGAUAUUGAAAGAAUGAAAAAAACAAUUAAAGAAUGUGAAGAUUCGGAGAAAAAUGUUUUUCAUGAAUUAAUCACCGAUAGAGGAUCACGAAGAGCAUUAAUUAUUAAACUUAUAACUGAAUUCACAUAUGCAUUCUCGGGUUUUUUGGCAAUACAAAGUUAUGUUAGGCAAAUUUUUGAAAAAUCUGGUUCAACAUUAAAACCAGGUUAUUCGGCAAUGAUUGUAAGUGGUGUACAAGUUAUUGCUGGUGUACCAGCAUCACAAUUAGUUGAUCGUUGGGGUAGAAGGCCAAUUUAUUUAUUCUCUGGUUUUGUAUCGGGUAUUAAUUUAGCAAUUGUUGGUGGUUAUUUUUUUUUCAAAGAAUACAUGAAAUAUGAUUUAUCAAUUAUUUCAUGGUUACCAUUAAUUUGUAUGGUUAUAUUGCAAAUUGUUCUCAAUAUGGGAGUAUCAACAAUGCCUUAUAUUUAUUCAGGUGAAUUAUUUUCUGUUAAAGUAAAAGGACUCGCUUGUAUGCUCUCAUCUCUUUGUCAUGGACUUUUUGGUUUUAUUUGUAAAUUUUCAUUGCCUAUUCUUGAGGAGUCGUUUGGUUUUUAUUUGCCAUUUUGGUUUUUUACAAUUGUUUGUUUUAUUGGUCCAAUUAUUGUUUAUAAUCUUGCGCCAGAAACAAAGGGAAAACAUCUUGAGGAAGUUUUGGAAUUAUUGAGAGAACCAAAAAAGCAACGUACAGCUAAAGAGAAUGCAAUUAGUAAAUUAUAAUUUUUUGUAAAUAUAUAUUUUAGAUAUAUUUCUUUUUUUUAAAUACUAAAAGAAUGUUUAUCUUUACAUUCUAUGCUUUUAUAUCUGUGAUAUUAGGGAAUAUUUGUGUCAAUUUAUUUUUAAUGUUAGAGAUAAGAUUAAAAGUAUUAAUUGUUUAUUGUAUUAUGAUAUAUAUAUAUAUGUAUUUUUUUGUGAAUUUUUACGUUUAAAGUAAUUAAAUUUGUGUGUAUAAUUCUUUGAAAGAAUAAAAAAAUUUUUAUUAUAA